AUGUCCAUCGAGUUGGUGAUGCCAUCCAGCCAUCUCAUCCUCUGUCGUCGCCUUCUCCUCCUGCCCCCAAUCCUUCCCAGUGUUAAGGUCUUUUUCAAUGAGUCAACUCUUCGCAUGAGGUCCCCAAACUAUUGGAGUUUCAGCUUCAACAUCAGCCCUUCCUAUGAACACCUAGGACUGAUCUCCUUUAGAGUGGACUUGUUGGAUCUUCUUGCAGUCCAAGGGACUCUCCAACACCACAGUUCAAAAGCAUCAAUUCUUCGGUGUUCAGCUUUCUUCACAGUCCAACUUUCACAUCCAUACAUGACUUAUAUUUUAUCCAGACGCUAUCCAAACAAUAUCUGA